GUGGCAACCAUUCCGUAACCUUUUCUCCAAAAAUAAAUACCCCCUGCCUUUCUCUUCCCCUGCUCUGCUCUUCUUAGCUAUAUAUUUCUCAUUCAUUUUUCCCUCUUCUCCUUGUCCUUGGUUUGUUUACAUUUUUUCUCUCAAGCAAAACAACAAACACUUUGUCUACAGUCAGGCCCUCCCUCUCUCUCUCAUUUGUCGCCCUUUUUUUCUCAUUUCUCUUUCUCUUAGCUUCUGUUGCUUCUUUGGAGUAACAAACAAUAAUUAUUAAGAUAAUGCCAACGCUUGAUGGCAACAAUGGUGACCCAAUGGACAGUCGCGAUCAAUCUGCUCCUCGACAUCCGCGUGAUCUCCCAUCUUUAAUGCUGUCUUCUUGCUAUCCUGUUACGCUCAAGUUCAUUGACGUGUGCUACAGAUUGAAAAUUGAUCAAAACAAGAAUAAAAAUGGUAGUAACAUCAGACGGAUAUUGGGCCAUCAUGAUCAUCAUCAUGGUGGUGGUGGACACAGUAAUGGCAAUCAUAUUCAAGAACGUACGAUCUUGAAUGGGAUUACAGGCAUGGUAUCCCCAGGGGAAAUCUUGGCUAUUCUUGGUCCGUCAGGAAGUGGAAAAUCAACGCUUCUUAAUGCAAUUGCGGGUAGAAUUCAAGGAAACGGUUUCACAGGAACAGUUCUUGCUAACAACAAAAAACUCAACAAACAUAUACUGAAACGUACUGGGUUCGUAACUCAAGAUGACAUCCUUUACCCUCACUUAACUGUUCGUGAAACCCUAAUUUUCUGUUCUUUACUUCGUUUACCUAAGUCUUUACUUAAAAAAGAAAAGAUUUCGCUAGCUGAGUCGGUCAUUUCUGAGUUGGGUUUAACAAAAUGUGAGAACACAAUCGUGGGUAAUAGUUUUAUACGUGGUGUUUCUGGUGGAGAAAGGAAGAGAGUGAGUAUAGGUCAUGAGAUGUUAAUAAACCCUAGUUUACUUAUUCUUGAUGAACCCACGUCCGGUUUGGAUUCUACGGCGGCUCACCGGUUGGUUUUGACGUUAGAGUCGUUGGCACAGAAAGGAAAGACCAUUGUUACUUCCAUGCACCAACCUUCUAGCAGAGUUUAUCAGAUGUUUAGCUCGGUGUUGGUUUUAAGUGAAGGAAGGUGUGUGUAUUUUGGAAAAGGAAGUGAUGCUAUGGCAUAUUUUGAGUCGGUUGGUUUCUCGCCGUCUUUUCCCAUGAAUCCAGCAGAUUUUCUCCUCGAUCUCGCAAACGGUGUUUGCCAAAUUGAUGGUGCAAGUGAAAGGGAUAAGCCCAACAUAAAGCAAUCUUUGAUUGCCUCUUAUAACAGCAUGUUAGCUCCAAGGGUAAGAACUGCUUGCAUGGACACUACCUUGACUCCAGCGAAAGAGACAAUUCUAACUGGAAGCCAUUCUUCCAAAGAAAAUCGGUGCUGUAACAUAGCUGGCUUUGCCGCGUGGUUCAACCAAUUCAGCAUUCUUCUUCAAAGAAGCCUCAAAGAAAGAAAGCAUGAAACAUUCAAUGCUCUGAGAGUCUUCCAAGUAAUUGCAGCUGCAUUAUUAGCAGGUCUAAUGUGGUGGCACUCAGAUUUUCGAGACAUUCAAGAUCGAUUAGGUCUCCUCUUUUAUACAGCCAUCUUUUGGGGAGUUUUCCCUUCUUUUAACUCCGUUUUCGCCUUUCCGCAAGAAAGAGCAAUCUUUAUAAAGGAAAGGGCAUCUGGCAUGUACACUCUUUCUUCAUAUUUCAUGUCAAGAAUUGUGGGAGACUUACCAAUGGAGCUCAUUCUUCCCACGAUUUUUCUCACCGUGGUUUACUGGAUGGCGGGACUAAAACCCAAUGUGGUUUCAUUCCUCCUGACUCUGCUGGUCUUGCUCGGUUACGUCGUAGUCUCUCAAGGGCUCGGCUUUGCAUUAGGUGCAGCUAUCAUGGAUGCGAAGCAAGCUUCAACCAUAGUUACAGUGACAAUGCUAGCAUUUGUCCUUACAGGAGGAUUUUAUGUCCAUAAAGUGCCAUCAUGCAUGGCUUGGAUGAAGUACAUUUCAACAACAUAUUACAGCUAUAGGUUGCUUAUAAGUGUGCAGUAUGGUGAUGGAAAGCAGCUUUCAUCAUUGUUGGGUUGCUCAUCGGAUACUCAUGCGAGUGACAAAGCAGGUUGCAAGUUUCUUGAACAGGAUAUUAUAGGGCAAAUCAGCCCUGAAGUUUGUGUCGCUGUCCUCGUGUUCAUGUUUGUGGGGUAUAGGUUAUUGGCAUAUCUGGCGUUGAGGCGGUUUUCGGCUUGACAGUAUUUGUAUUGACAAAAGGUCGCUUUUCUUUCUUCAUAUGUUAUAGGGCCUCUAAAUGUAAUUCUUCAGAUGAACAAUAUCAGGAUGCAAAAAGGAGGGAAAAAAAGGAAAGGAAAAAUAGAGUUCUUGGUGGUUGUUCAGAGUCUUUGUGGCUUCCCUCUGGCAAAAUUGGAAACACAGCAACUGUACAUUGAAUGUAAAGGAUCGCAUGAGCCACCAAGCAAAUUAAAAUUUCUUUGUACUUUUGUUAUUUUUCCAAUUCAAAACUGGCUAUUACUUGUUCAA